AUGGCUACUAAGGGUCUCGAGGCUCGUCUCAGGUCGUUGUCUGUUAAUGACGAGAAUGAUGGAUACCAAGGAACCAAUCCACGUCCAGAUUCCAAGAUUUCAACUACGAGCCCACGUCGAUCGAACAGAACCCGAGCACCAGAGCACCCCAAACCUGACACUUAUAAAAAACAAACCGUGAUCGUCGAGAUUCCUAUCUCCCAGUUAUCUGGAGAACAGAAUGAGAAGUCUCUCCGACGAACUCGAAAGCUGCUUGCAGAUGUGUCGAGGCAAACAUCGAAUGAACCCGAGAAGUCAAAAGAACACUCCAUCAAGGAUAGCAAGCUACCAAGUACACCACUAAAGCAUGUCCCUUCGCAAGUGGCUAAGAUUAGGAAUGGACAAACUCCUUCCCGGUCUCCACAUCCCCUCUCUGUUGUUAUGUCGCAGAUAUCAGAUGGUGUGACAGAAGAAGACGCGGCUGGUGAUACCAAGCCCAAAAGCAAAGUGCCUGAUCAUGUCGCGUCCCAAAGACCCCAAACAAAAGGCGAGAAAGCGCUCCUUCCAGAUCGAGGCAAUCACUCAGUUUCUCUGUCGAAAACGUCGAAUGACGUGUGCUCGGCACCGCUGAUCAAACAAGCCCUCCAUAAACAAUUCCAUUUAGGAAUGUUCGAGGUCGGUCGACCACUAGGAAAAGGGAAAUUCGGUCGAGUAUAUCUGGCCCGAGAACGAGAAACUGGUUUUAUCUGCGCGUUGAAGGUCCUACAUAAGAAUGAGAUCCAACAGCACAGGGUUGAAAAGCAGGUAGCGCGGGAAAUCGAGAUUCAAAGCAACCUGCGCCACCCCAAUAUCCUCCAGCUCUACGGACAUUUCCACGAUCGGAAACGAAUAAUUCUGAUCCUCGAGUACGCCGGAAAAGGGGAACUAUACAAGCAUCUGCAGAAAGCGAACCGUUUUCCAGAGUGGAAGGCAGCACAAUACAUUGCGCAAAUGGCAACGGCGUUACGAUACUUACAUCACAAGCACGUCAUCCAUCGAGAUAUCAAGCCCGAGAAUAUCCUUGUUGGUCUCCAUGGGGAGCUGAAGAUGUCGGAUUUUGGCUGGAGCGUUCAUGCGCCAAGUGGUCGCAGGCUCACGCAAUGUGGAACACUCGACUAUUUGCCUCCUGAGAUGGUGGAUCCAAAGAGACAGGAGAAGCCGUAUGACGAGAAAGUAGAUCUAUGGUCACUGGGGAUUUUGUUGUAUGAGUUCCUGGUUGGAAACGCGCCGUUCGAGGACACGCCUGCCAUGACACAGAGACGAAUCGCGAAGGGAGACAUGACUGUGCCCUCUUUUGUUAGCUCCGAAGCUAGGGACUUGAUUAAAAAGCUACUCGUCGUUGAUUCGGAGCAGAGGAUUUCUUUGAAGGAAAUCCGAGAACAUCCCUGGAUACUUAAGCACUGCGCGAGCGGCGCAAAACAAGUUAAAUCUUGA